AAACAAAAACAAAAUUGUUCGCCUGCUGCGUAGUUUACAGUUAAUGUCUUACUCAAACGGUGAAAUAUUGUUCAUUUUCCCAGCGCCUCCAGCUUUUUUUUAGUUAUCUAUUUUCUUUUUGGUGAAAUAAUUAAUGGUUUUAAAGAUUUUGGUAUUAAUUUAAUUUGCUGAAAGACAUAAAUUGUCAUGCUUGGGUAUGAACAGGGAAUCAGAAACUGUAAUGCAUGUUCCCUCAGUGUUCAACAGGCAAAUCCUUCAUUUGACUCAAGUGGUGAUCAAGACAAUGGAGGCCAAGGGACUGAUGUUUGGGAUUUUAGAGAUGCUGUAUUUCCUACUGUCUUGAUGGAUGGGUUAAAUUACUUGCGUACUUCUGGCUUGCUCUGUGAUGUCAUUCUCAAUACUGGAAAUGAUGAACACCCAGCACAAAGAGUCGUCCUUGCAGCUGUGUCACCAUAUUUUCGGGCAAUGUUUUCUGGUACUGGAACUAGCCAUGAAUUUCUUGAAAGUAAACAAAACAAAAUAACUCUUCAUGAUAUUGACUCUGCUAUUCUUGGACAGAUUUUGAAUUUCAUUUACACAGCUGAAAUUCAGAUGAAUGAAAAUAAUGUGGGUGAUUUUCUUGUUGCUGCUGACUUCCUACAAAUAAAUUCCCUGCAAAACCUCUGCUGUCAGUAUUUGCGUUCACAAAUGAAUGCUUCCAAUUGCGUCGGCAUUUACCUAAGUGCGAAAUCUCGCAACUGUAGGGAACUUGCUGUUAACGCCAAACGAUAUGCAUUGGAACAUUUUCGUCAUAUCGUUCAGGAAGAAGAAUUUCUCCAGUUACCUUUCAGUGAGCUCAAAGGAAUUCUCGAAUCUCAUCUGCUGAAUACAACAGGAGAAGGAGAGCUUUUGGAGACAAUUACGAAAUGGGUCGAACAUAAACCAAGUGAGAGAUUACAGUUCCUUCAGUCACUUGUGUCCGAAAUUGAUAUCUGGCAAGUUCCCGCAGAAAAGCUCCUUUCAUUUGUUAAUUCGGAAAUUCUGUUAAGACGCCUUCGAGAUUCGGGUUUUACAUCUGAGCAACUCCAAUUGAAUGAUGCAGUUGUCCUUGGUGGCGAUUUUAAAAUGGCCGUUGACAAAAUUCUCUCGCAGCGCUGCGACAGUCCUUGCUCUAAAGCUCAAUCACACCAAGUCGCACAUUCCAAGAAAAUUAGACAUUCCUACGAACAAGAAGUAAUUGUUGCUUUGGGGGGAGAAUCCAGUGGCUUUGUUUUGAACUCUAUGGAAUGCUACACGCUAGGCUACGAUGGAUGGCGAUGCUCUAUACCAACAGCAGUAGCCCUUUCAGGAAUCCCGAAUCCUACUCAAGUAAUGCCACCCAUGCGGACGCAAAGGAUUUUUCCUGCCUGUUGCAGUGCUGACUAUACUAUCUUUGUUAUUGGUGGAAUUUGCGGAGGAAAACUCAUCGAUUCUUGUGAGUUUUAUAGCGUGCAAUCAAAUGAGUGGAUCUCUCUUGCUCCUUUACCUAUUGGCAUUCACGGGAGCGGAGCUGCUCUUCCCAAUCAAGUUCUGUGUGUAAUUGGUGGCCGAAGUGACCAAGGCAUUGAAAAACGCGCUUGGGUAUAUGAGGAACGUUUUAACCUAUGGGAAGCCCUUCCUCCCAUGCAAUUGCAUCGCGUUCAUCAUGGCGUUACAUCACUCAAUUGCUUGUUGUAUGCGGUUGGAGGGCUUGGUGGAAAACAACAUACAGAUGAACAAUUUCUGUCAUCCGUCGAAUGCUACGAUCCUGCUCUACAGCGCUGGAUCCCAAUAGCACCGAUGCACGAAGCUAGGGCGUAUUGCGGAGUAGUUACUGUGGGCUCUUUCCUCUACGCAAUCGGGGGAUUUAACGGAAUCUCUUGGCUGCGUUCCAUGGAACGGUACAAUCCUCUCACCAACCAAUGGACUUUACUUACUCCGAUGAGUGUGGCGCGUAGCUCUUUCGGUACAACUGUAUGGAAUGGUAGGAUCUAUGUUAUCGGCGGAUGUGAUGGCAUUCAUCUACUUAAUACCGUCGAAAAAUUCAAUCCUCGUACCAACCGUUGGCACUGUGCCCAAGCGAUGCAAGUACGUCGCUUGGGUUUAGGAGCAGCUACAGUGAAAAUACCACUCAAAAUGGAAUGAGAUAUUUACUGCAUUCUCUACAAAUUUUCUAUUUAAAUGGAUUCGACUCAAUGGUGAUAGCAUUAUCAUAUAGCUGUAUGUGUUAAUUAGGAAUGGGUUUACUCAUUAAAGUCGCCCGUCUAGUCUUUUA